CCGGAGCGCUUUCGCCAGAGCGGUGAGAGAAGGAGCGCUUUCCCCUGGAGGGGUGGCGGAGACAUUCGCUGCACCCGUGCAAUCUCCGCGGAAGGGGCGCGGGGGCGCAAGUUGCGCGGAUGGUGGGGCUGCUGCGGGCUGGGGCUGAUCCGCCGCCGCCUUGGGUUCUCUCCCCUUCCUCCUCCUCCGGAGCUGCUGCUUGCAAGGCGACCCCAUGAGCCUCUCCGAAGCCGUCUAACCCCGCGCCGCCGGGAUGGAGAAAUCCAAGAAUUUCCGCAUCGACGCGCUGCUGGCCGUGGAUCCUCCCAAGGCGGCGGCCUCGACGGCUCAGACGUCGCCUCUGGCGCUGGUCACCUCGCUGUCGGGCCACGCCAGCUCGCGAUCCAGCAGCUCCAGCGCCAGCUCCAGCUCCAGCUGCAGCCCGCCCUCCUCGGCGGAGCCUCCGCCCUCGUCCGUCGAGGGCCUGCGCACCGACAGCCCCUCGCCGCCUCGGCUCCUGGGCGCGCACUGCGGGCUGGUGCCCAAGCCGGGCUUCCUGGGCGGCGGGGGAGGCGCGGCGGGGGGUCCCCACGCCCACCCUCACCCCCACGCCCACCCCCACGCGCACCCCCACGCCGCCCUGGGGCUGCACCCGCAAGGCGGCGCCGGCCUCCACCCGCAAGCCGCCCUCUACGGCCACCCCAUGUACGGCUACCCGGCGGCGGCGGCCGCGCUGGCCUCGCAGCACCCGGCGCUCUCCUACUCCUACUCGCAGGUGCAGCCGUCGCACCCGGCCGCCGACCCCAUCAAGCUGAGCGCCGGCACUUUCCAGCUGGACCAGUGGCUGCGGGCCUCCACCGCCGGCAUGAUCCUGCCCAAGAUGCCCGACUUCAACUCCCAAGCACAGUCCAACCUGCUGGGCAAGUGCCGGCGGCCCCGCACGGCCUUCACCAGCCAGCAGCUGCUAGAACUGGAGCAUCAGUUCAAGCUGAACAAGUACCUGUCCCGGCCGAAGCGCUUCGAGGUGGCCACGUCUCUCAUGCUCACCGAGACGCAGGUGAAGAUCUGGUUCCAGAACCGGCGUAUGAAGUGGAAGCGGAGCAAGAAGGCCAAGGAACAGGCGGCUCAGGAGGCGGAGAAGCAGAAAGGAGGAAGUGUUGGGGAGGACAAAGUGGGGGAUGAGGUGCUGCCUGCAGGGGCCCCAGAGAAAAACAAUGGAGGGCGCCGCUUGCAGGAACUCAGGGACAGUGACCGGGAGGAAGAGGACGAUGAGGAAGAGGAUGAUGAAGAAGAGGAGGAGGAGGAAGAUAGGCCCGGACACUGCUGCCCCUAUGGGUCUCCCGACUGCUCUGACGGGGAUGAGGAUGGGAGGCAGCCCCAUGGACGGCAUGGGGGAGCCCACCCACAAUUGCCCCCCACCUCGGCUCCCUGAACACUUGGAUCCCAGAGCCAAGAGCUGCCUUCCUUCCACUGGUUCAGGAGAAAAUCCUUUCCCAACCCCACGUGUGUUUGUUGCUCUAUGUGUAAGCUGGUGCCCUGCAGGUGUUUUUGGACCACAAUUCCCAUCAGCCCCAGCCAGCAUGGCCAUAUGAGACCAUGGUGAUGCUGGCUGGGGCUGAUGGGAGUUGUAGUCCAACACAUCUGGAGGGUGGCAGGUUGGCGAAGGCUGGUCUAAAGUAAAAUGCUCUCGUUGUCCUCCAUGCAACUGACUUUACUGGCCCCAAUGGCGCUCCAUGUGCAACUAACCCUACUCUUCCCAGUUUACACAGUCAUGUUCCUCAGUGUCCUGCCUUCCCCCCGCCCAUGGGCUCAGGCUUAGUGUCAGGGCUCGAGUCAAAUGUGGGUUAGCAUGUCUGUGCAGUUAACAAUUCAAGGAAAUGGCAUACAACUCAGCAACACUGCCCAGUAGGUCUUGCCCCUAUGGAACAGUAGGCAGAACUGAAGGUUCUCUGCCUUCCACUCUUUCUCCUCUCCCAGAUGUUUCACAAACAGUCUCAAGCUAUGUCUACACACCUGUGGCCUCUUUCCUGCUCUCCUCAUUUAUCUGUGCAUUCUUGGGGACCAAUGGGGAGGGGAGGUUGGCGCAACAGGAGAGGGAGACUCCCUGGAGUCUUCAACAGGCUCUUGACCCCCCUCCACUGCUUCAGCCUCGGAGUCUGAACUGCUCCUUGUCACAGGCUCUUCCUGAUCACUAUACCCUGUUGCCCCUUCAGCAUCCAGCCCCUCUGACCUCUCUUCAGUGUUCCAUCACGCAUCCCCGGGCUCUGAGCCUCCCUCCUCUGGGGUUUCCCUUGAGGGAUCCUUGGCUGGUGCCUUCCACCAUACCUCUUCGCCCAGCCAGUCCUUGACACUUAGCACAUGAGAGUUCUCUUAAUCCGAUUGGUAUUGUUUAAAAUUGACUUUUAAUAAUUUUACGGGCUGCUCUUUGAGAGCUUCCCCCGACACAUCUUGCAAACAGUAUUAAGUCACAACAACAUUACAAUAUAUAAUAAAUAAAACCCUUCCGUGACCACGCUAAAUAAUUCCAACAGCCAGCAAUGAAACAUAUUUUUUAAAAGAAUCAAAGGCCCAGCAUGGUUGUAUAAAUAGUAUAGAAGAAGAAGAGUUUGGAUUUUAUAUCUCACUUUAUCACUACCCUAAGGAGUCUCAAAGCGGCUAACAUUCU